AUGGGUAAGGUGGCGAACUUGUGCGGGGUGGUGCUGGUGGUUGUCAUGGCGGCGGCGGUGGCGGAGACGGCGGCGCAGGAUACGUCCUGCCUGACGCAGCUGGUGCCGUGCCUGAACUUCACCAGCUCCAAGAGCACCCCACCAAGCAGCUGCUGCGAGCCGCUGAAGUCGCUGAUCAGGACGAACCCACAGUGCCUCUGCAGCAUUCUCCAGGACGAUUCCCUCAAGAAGCAGAGCGGCGUCAACGCCACCGAGGCGCAGGGGCUGCCUUCCAGAUGCGGCCUCAACGCCACCGCCGCCGCCUGCUCCGGUGAGCUCCCUCGCCGCCGCCGAUUUCUUUUAGCGAUCUUCUUCCGGUGA